AUGUCGUUCCACAACGGGGAUGUUGAGAACGGGAACGUCGAGAAGGAGACUCGCCCCCCAGUCGCCGCCGCGAAUAACAAUUCCGACCUGGGCGAGUAUGGAAACCUCGUCCGCUAUAUCUCGACCUACCACGAUGGCCGCCGAAACUCCGUCCUCGUCGACGAUGAGGAUACCCCCAAGAAGCGCCAUUGGUGGCAGCGGAAGCCCAAGGACGGCUCCGCUGGAGCUGGAUUCGAGACGCCGGAGGAGUGGUUAGAGACAGACUGGAGGCAGGGCUUGAAGUCGACUGAGGUCGACGCCCGGCGCCGGAAGACGGGAUGGAACGAGCUUACCACCGAGAAGGAGAACAUGUUCCUCAAGUUCCUCUCGUAUUUCCAAGGCCCCAUUCUCUAUGUCAUGGAACUUGCGGUUCUUCUCGCGGCUGGUCUCCGUGAUUGGAUUGAUUUUGGUGUCAUCAUCGGUAUCUUGAUGUUGAACGCCGUCGUCGGUUGGUACCAAGAAAAGCAAGCUGCGGAUGUCGUCGCCAGUCUUAAGGGUGAUAUUGCCCUCAAGGCCACCGUCGUCCGUGAUGGUCAAGAAAUCGAAAUAAAAGCCCGUGACCUCGUCCCCGGAGAUAUUAUCGUUAUCGAAGAUGGACAGGUCGUUCCCGCAGACUCCCGAAUUAUCAGCGCUUACGACAACCCCAACGGCUACCAUGAGUAUCUCAUGGAACUCGAGGCCCGCCGCGGUGAGACUGUCGAGGAGGAGGUCGACGAGGACGAAAUUGGCGGCGAGAAGCAUGGAUCCGGAUAUGCCCUCCUCGCCAUCGAUCAGUCCGCCAUGACUGGAGAAUCUCUUGCUGUCGACAAAUAUGUCGCUGACGUUGUCUACUAUACUACCGGUUGCAAGCGUGGAAAGGCCUACGCUGUUGUUACUCACUCCGCGAAGAUGUCCUUCGUCGGUCGCACCGCUUCGUUGGUCACUGGCGCCAAGGACCAAGGUCAUUUCAAGGCAAUCAUGAACUCCAUCGGUACGAGCUUGUUGGUUUUGGUCGUCAUCUCGAUUAUGAUCGCGUGGAUCGGCGGCUUCUUCCAUCAUAUUAAAAUCGCCACACCGGAAUGGAGCUCUGUCAAUCUUCUCCAUUACGCUUUGAUCCUCUUGAUUGUCGGUGUCCCCGUCGGUCUCCCUGUCGUCACUACUACCACUCUUGCCGUCGGUGCCGCUUAUCUCGCAGAGGAGAAGGCUAUUGUCCAAAAACUUACUGCCAUUGAGUCUCUCGCUGGUGUUGACGUGCUCUGCUCCGAUAAGACUGGUACGCUCACCGCCAAUCAAUUGAGCAUUCGUGAACCAUUCGUCGCUGAAGGCGUCGAUGUCAACUGGAUGAUGGCUGUCGCCGCUCUCGCAUCUUCUCACAAUGUCAAGUCCCUGGAUCCUAUUGACAAGGUCACAAUUCUCACUCUCAAGAGAUACCCGAAGGCCAAGGAGAUCCUUAACCAAGGAUGGAAGACUGAGAAGUUCACUCCUUUCGACCCUGUCUCCAAGCGUAUCACUGCUAUCGUCGUCAAGGACGGUGUUACCUAUACUUGCGCCAAGGGUGCCCCCAAGGCUAUCUUGAACCUCAGCAGCUGCUCCCCAGAAAUCGCCGAUAUGUACAAGGCCAAGGCCACUGAAUUCGCUCGUCGUGGUUUCCGCUCUCUCGGUGUUGCCGUCAAGGAAGGCGAUGCCGACUGGCAGUUACUUGGAAUGUUGCCCAUGUUCGAUCCCCCUCGUGAGGAUACCGCUGCCACUAUCGCUGAGGCUCAGGUCCUCGGUCUCUCCGUCAAGAUGCUUACUGGUGAUGCCAUUGCUAUCGCUAAGGAGACUUGCAAGAUGCUUGCUCUCGGUACUAAGGUUUACAACUCUGAACGUCUCAUCCAUGGUGGUCUUAGCGGAUCUACCCAGCACGACUUGGUUGAAAGCGCAGAUGGUUUCGCUGAAGUCUUCCCUGAGCACAAGUACCAGGUCGUCGAGAUGCUUCAAGAGAGAGGCCAUCUUACUGCCAUGACUGGUGACGGUGUCAACGACGCUCCUUCAUUAAAGAAAUCCGACUGCGGUAUCGCUGUCGAAGGUUCCACUGAAGCUGCUCAAGCCGCCGCUGAUAUCGUCUUCCUUGCCCCUGGUCUCAACACUAUCGUCUCUGCCAUCAAGAUCGCUCGCCAGAUUUUCCAGCGUAUGAAGGCAUAUAUUCAAUACCGUAUUGCUCUCUGUAUCCACAUGGAAAUCUACCUUGUCACCUCUAUGGUCAUCAUCAACGAGACUGUCCGCGCCGAUCUCAUUGUCUUCCUUGCCCUGUUCGCCGAUUUGGCCACAAUUGCCAUUGCCUACGAUAACGCACACUUUGAGAUGCGCCCUGUCGAAUGGCAAUUGCCCAAGGUCUGGAUUAUCAGUGUUGUCCUCGGUAUCCUCCUCGCACUUGGUACCUGGGUCAUCCGUGGUGCUAUGUAUCUGCCAAACGGUGGUUUCAUCCAAAACUACGGCAACAUCCAAGGUAUCCUGUUCCUGCAAAUCUCGCUCACGGAGAAUUGGCUCAUUUUCGUCACUCGCGGUGGCCAGACCUGGCCCUCAUGGCAACUCGUUGGCGCCAUCUUCGUCGUCGACGUUCUCGCAACCCUCUUCUGCGUCUUCGGCUGGCUCACAGGCCCAGGCGGUGCUGGUGAGCCAUUCACCAACCCCAUGCCCACUGCCCACAACUUCUCCGUCAACGGCGACACCGAUAUCGUCACUGUUGUCGUCGUCUGGGGUUACUCGAUUGGUGUCACCAUCAUCAUUGCCAUUGUAUACUACCUCAUGAACCGCAUGCCAUGGCUCAACAACCUCGGCCGCGCCAAGCGCAGCCGCUCCGACACCCAAAUGGAGAACGUCCUGAGCCACUUGUCCAAGGUCGCCCUCCAACACUCCAAGGACGAGGGCACCGGCAGCGAGCGCUGGCACUUGAUCCCCAAGUCCGAGGAGGCCGAGGAUGAUGAUUAG